AUGUCAGCACAUUUGUUCAAAGCCACAGUUAAUGAGUACCUAGAGGGUCUUCCCAAGACAGUGCAAUCUAAAUUGUAUGAGGCACCUGCAACCUGUUUAUCUAUUUUCAGAUUACUUUCGCCCAUGGCCAAAUUCUAUAUUAUGUCCAUGAUCUUUAAUGAAAAACCAAUUGCAUUACGUGAUCUCGACAAAUGGUGCAAACCACUGGCGAGAAAACUAGAAUUUGAAGCGUUGAAAAGAUUAGAAUCAUUACAUUUGAUAGAAUAUGAUAGUAAAGGUUCUCAUAUUCGAUUGCAUUCAACAUUUCGAAAGAAUUUCCGUGAUUGUUUAACGGGUUCACAGAAUCCUAAUGCUUUUGGAAGUAUUAGCACUACAGCUGAUAAAUAUAAAGUUGAUAUUGCAUUCUUGGAUAAUUUUGCAUCACUGAAAUGGGAAACCAUUUUACAUUUCAUGGUUGGUACUGAAGCCACAGCUACUCCUUCUGAUUCAGUGUUGAGUUUACUUAAAUUGGGUGGAUUAAUGGAGGGUCCUAAUAAUAAACUUAGAAUUACAAAUAGUGGGUUUCAGUUUUUAUUACAAGAUGUGAAUGCACAAAUAUGGACAUUGUUGUUACAAUAUUUAAAUUUAACUCAGGAGUUAAACAUGGAUCCAGUUGAUGUUUUGAAUUUUAUUUUUGUUUUGGGAUCUUUAGAAUUAGGUAAGAGUUAUGCAGUAUCCACUUUAAGUGAAACCCAAGUUAGUAUGUUGGCAGAUUUGAAAGAUUAUGGGUUGGUAUAUCAACGAUCUGAUACAUCUGGAAGAUUCUAUCCAACUAGAUUGGCAACUACUUUAACAUCGGAUUCAGCUGCCUUGAAAACUCCUGCAAUGGCUAUGGAUGAAGAGGAACAACAAGUUGUAACCAAAGAAUCCAUCAUUAUAGAAACAAAUUUCAAACUAUAUGCAUAUACAAAAUCACCAUUGGAAAUUGCAAUUUUGAAUUUAUUUGUUCAAUUAAAAACCAGAUUUGCCAAUAUGGUCUGUGGACAAAUUACAAGAGAAUCAAUUCGAAAUGCAUUAUAUAAUGGUAUAACUGCAGAUCAAAUCAUCAAAUUUUUGGAGACUCAUGCUCAUAGUCAAAUGAGAAUUUUGGCUAAAGAAAAAUUGGAUAAGAAAAUUGAAUUCGAUACCAGUCAUAAUAUCAAUACUGCCGGUGGUGCUCCACAAAGUAAAACUGAUGGAUCUAUUUCUCAACACAAGUUAGAAAUUCUACCUCCAAACGUGGUUGAUCAGAUUAAAUUAUGGCAAUUAGAACUUGAUAGAAUUCAAACAUUUGAUGGUUAUUUAUUUAAAGAUUUUGCCAAUCAACAAGAAUAUGAUAUAUUGUCCAAUUAUGCAUCUGAAUUGGGUGUAUUGAUAUGGGCAGAUAAAGUAAAAAGAAAAUUCUUUGUGACAAAAGAUGGUAUGACUCAAGUGGCUGAUUUUGCCAACAGGAAAUUAAAAAGAUAG